AUGUUCAAUCUUCGUCGCCUUUUCGUGUCGGCCCUGGUCCUAGGGCUCGGCCUCCUCUUCCUCGCCCAGACAGCUGAGGCUGCCAAGGGCCCCAAGAUCACUCACAAGGUCUUCUUCGACAUUGAGCAGGGUGACCAGAAGCUCGGCCGUGUCGUUAUGGGCCUCUACGGCAAGACUGUCCCCGAGACAGCUGAGAACUUCCGCGCUCUGGCUACUGGCGAGAAGGGCUUUGGUUAUGAGGGUUCUGCUUUCCACCGUGUUAUCAAGAACUUUAUGAUCCAGGGCGGUGACUUCACCAAGGGUGACGGCACCGGUGGCAAGUCCAUCUACGGUGACCGCUUCAAGGAUGAGAACUUCAAGCUCAAGCACACCAAGAAGGGUCUCCUUUCCAUGGCCAACGCCGGUCGCGACACCAACGGCUCCCAGUUCUUCAUCACCACCGUUGUCACCUCGUGGCUCGAUGGCAAGCACGUCGUCUUCGGUGAGGUCCUCGAGGGCUACGACAUCAUCGAGAAGAUCGAGAACACCAAGACUGGCGGUGCCGACCGACCCGUCGAGGCGGUCAAGAUCGCCAAGAGCGGCGAGCUUGAUGUCCCCCCUGAAGACCUUUACGGCACAUCUGAAUUCGCCGCGGAGGAGGUUUCCGCUGGUUGGUCUCCUCUCCAGAAGGCUGGCCUCUUUGCCGUUGUUGCUGGUCUUGUCUUUGUUGGACUUCGCCACGCCCGUCAGCGCUCUCGAUUCUAG